UCCUGGUUUCUCCAGCACCCAGUGUUGUGCAAUCAGCAGCCUUUGCCUUGUCCAACCUUGCCAGAGGGAAAGACAGUUAUAUCAAGACCCUGAUGGAGGGGGGUGUUGCACAGCCAUUGAUACAGUUGCUACACCUCGAUAGAGACCAGGGUACCAUGUCAGAAGCGGCCUGGACACUCACCUACCUCACAGCAGGGGGUGAGUAUGAGCAGACCUUUGUAUCACUAGGACUCAUCCCACGAGUGGUCGCAGCUUUGGACAAACUGUCCAAUCAGACACCUCACGACUCAGUGGUGGUCACACCACUGGUCAGGUGCCUUGGCAACAUCUGUAGUGGUCCCGAGGAGCUGAUUGCCAUGGCGACCGCUGAUGGGAGUCUCCUCCCAUCCAUUAGCCGCCUGCUCCAGUCAGAUCAUCGGCACAUCAAGAAGGAAACGUUAUGGGCACUCAGCAACAUGACAGAGGUUGCCAGUGUCUGUCAGCAGUUGGUUAGUCUUGGUAUGCUCCCCAGUAUCGUCUCGUGCCUUGAAAAUACUUAUGACAUCAAGAGGGAAGCUGUGGUGUGUCUAUGCAAUCUAGCCUACCAAGGAGCCGCAUUCUGUCAGAAGUUGCUGCAUUAUGGAGCAUUCCCCGGUGUCAUCAGCAUGCUCAAGAAUCAAGACCUUGAUGCCAUAGGUCUCGCCUUGGGUUUCUCAGAUAUGAUCUUGAAAAGUGACAGUAAUGCCAAGCACCUCUUUGAGGAAAGUGGAGGACUGACGCUGCUGGAACCCUUGGAGUACCACAACAACCCUGAGAUACAGAGGCAGGUGGCCGAGUUUCUGGAGGUUUAUUUCUACCAAGACGAGGAGGAUACGUGAGCGUCAGGUCAAGGGACAAGUUGCAUCUGCAUAAGAGUAUUUUGAUGGUGUAAUUAUUGUCGGUUGAUGACAUGGUUAAUAUUGUUCUAAUCUCGUAGUUUUGGGGAACCAGUAUACGUGUGUGGACAGUUGCCAUUGGGACCAAACACGUUUUGUGUGGAGACAAGUCCCACAGUUUGGUCCAGUUCUCCCAGACAGUAAAAUUCUUUCUCUCAUAUGUCUCCAGGCAGGGUAGAUGUACUGUGCUACUGAAUCUAAACUCAAGGGUUCUGAACGUGUACCAGAAAUUCUACACGUGAAUAGUUUAGAGAGCUGUCUCUGCAUCUCUAGUGCUCAAAAGAUGUUCAGUUUGUGAAGAGGACGGGUAGGUGUUACCUUCCACCCAUGAUGUCGACACGUUCAGUAUUUCCCUAUUUCUUUAGCUUAAUAUUUUUUUGCACAAUAGCAUGCAGUGCUUUGUUUUACCUGGUGGCUCUUGGCUCUUAAAUGUUUGUGAUCAGCAGAUAGUGGGAACCAAUGAUGGUGGCUUUGACCAACCUAAGAUAAGAAACCAUUUAUCAACAGCAGUCAGCAUUGACCAGUGGUUGACUAGUGGUCGCUGAUGGAACUUGGCCAGUGCUGGCAGAGCUGUAAGUAGGGGUAAUUCCAGAAAUUAGGGCACCAAAAGUGGGACAUUUUUAUGUCCUUGUUACAUCUGACCUUUGU